GCGGUCUCCGUUAGGACUCUUUAGUGGAGCCUGGUUGUCGUGGAGACGUGCUAGCCUCCUCUCCGCUGCCGUGCUAGCUGUGUGAGCUAGUGCUAGCUAGUGCUAGCUCGAUAGUACCAGCUUCCCCGGGCAGCAGCCGGGGCGCAGCGGAGCCGCGACCGUUUCCGACAGCUCCGUACGGACCUGACGUCGCUCUGCAUUGCUGCUUGAUGUUUUUUUCAGAGGGUCGAUUCCCGGUGAUUUCGAAAAUGGGGGAACCCUGUGACCUCCAGCACCUCGUGAAGUGUGGCGUCACUUUGGAGGGCUCAUUUCUCUGAUUUGGAUUAUUCUUGGCCAGCAGCCUCUUCAGGCCUACUAUUCCUAGACGAGUUUCUCAAUGGACACUCUGCUCCAUUCAGAGAUCAGAGAAGAGGGGAGUGGUGCCUCGGUGAAGGUGGAGGGCCUAUCCAAGGCAGCUCUAAUCAAAAGCCUGUCCCCCAGAGUCAUGCUAUCCAACCAUCUCUUGCCUAAAGGGACCAAGAUGAAGGUCAACUUAGAAGAUCAGGGUCGUCAGAAAGUGUCCUUCAGCUUCGCACCGACCAAGAAGCCACUGCAUAGCCCGUUCUUCAUCCCUACCAGUCCUGACAAGUCUGGCGCUGAGCCUAAUGCUGCCCUAUCACAGUCAACCUCAGACAAAGAAGGGCAGAAUACGGACAGCAACAUUGAGCAAAACCAGACACCCAUUGUGCCAACAAUAACAGAGACACCUUCUGAAACACCAGUCUGCUCAGCCACCAAACAGACAACGGACUUGGCGAAAAUGCAUUUCAAGAAGCAAAUUCUCAGUGUCUCUGUGACUGAGGAGAAACCAACAUCUGUUGUGCCAGAAGAGCCUCUCUCUCCUCAAUUGCAGGUUCUGCAGGAACCAACAAGUGUAACUGAAUUUCCAGUACCCCAGCCUCAGAAUGUUGUCAGUGUCUGCCCCUCUGAGAACUCUCACAUUGAAGUCCCUGAGACAAAGGCAACCCCUAGCCCCAAGAAGCCCCCUGCUUCCUCAGGAAAAGAUGGAGAGAGUUCCAUCAGUGCUGAGCAGGAUAGUAAGGUAGAGAAAAGGAAAACCAGGUCCCAAUCUGAUAGUGCUCCCCCUGGCUCAGAAUCUGAUGGAGAUUCAGGCCAUAUGUCUUCUAGUCACAAAUCAGUUGACUCCAAAAGUAAAAGAAACUCUGACAGCAGAAGCAAAGAGGUAAAAAAGCCUUCAUCUGGUCCACAUGUGGAGGAAAAGGAAAAAAGUUCCUCUAAGUGGUCAGAAAAUCACGAAAGGUCUUCUAGUUACUCCAAAACGGACCGUGAUUCCAGACACGCAUCCUCACGUUCGUCUCGAUCAGAAAAAGAUCGCAGGAGGACCAGGUCUAGAUCACGUUCUAGAUCAAGAGGGUCUCGAACAAGUUCAUCUCACUCCAGAUCAGAGAGAUCCCGAGGCGACAGAGGAUCACGCUCCGAAAGGUCGUACUAUCAUGAUUCUGAUCGAAGAUCUCACCGGAGUUCUCCACGUAGAGAAAGAAGACGUUCUCGCUCUCGCACUGACAGAACUCGGGACAGUUCUGACUCCGAGGAUGACCAUAGGAAGACACGGACAAGGACAAGUGACUCGAGUAGACUGUCCGCCCAUUCGAGCUCGCACAAAGAGUCUAAAUCUUCUUCCUACUCAAAAUCGGAGAAAGCCUCUAAAUCUGCUGAUUCGCCUCACUCUUCAGAGUUGGAUAAAAGAACACAAUUGUCAAAGUCUGAAAGGACUUCAAAGCGAUUAUCAGACUCUGAUUCCCAGCGCAAGUGCUCUCCUGAUCUGGAUUCCAGUUACCGUAAAUCUAGCACCCAUCACAAGUCAGAGACCAACAGCAAAUCCUCUUCUUCCAGUAUGCAUACCCAUUCUCAAACAUAUGAAAAACGGCAAAAAAGCAGCUCUAGUGACUCUGAGGCAGAUCAUAAGGGAAAAUCACAGGCCUCUGACAAAAGAUCUGGAUUGGAGGAGAACUCUAAAAACUCACGAAAGAAAACCAGCAGGCCAGACUCGAAGCAGAUGACCCCUUCUAGAUCUUCUCAGAGAACCAGCGGACAUGAUAGACAAUCAAAUGACAUAUUUCACAGCCCUGGCGAUGUACCGACGUGUACAAACACCACCGAAUCGUGUUCUCCGAGUGAAAAAGAAAAAUCUGUUCCCCAACAAGUUGAAAUAGAACAUUGUAGUCAGGAUUUUAAGGAGAUUGUCCCAUGCACUGAUAAGAGUUUGCAAGAAUCGUCACCGAAGAGAUCAAAAGAAACUAAAUCAGAUCUUGAAUAUGAGACCUCAGCUAUAACCUUAAGUGAAAGCCUAAAGCAUGUUAAUGCAGACCUGGAAAACUUGACCAAUGUGAAGGAUAACCUCUCUUCUAAUAUUCAACCACAUGUGAACUCAAAUGCAGCUGUCUUAAAUUCAUUCAGUAGUCACGAUAGUACGAUAUGCACCCAGGACAAGAAGGCUGUUGACUGCUCACUCGGGCCAAAAUCCAUACUUGACACAGCUGAUAUACCACCAGCGUAUGUCACCCACGAUGUCCAGCAGAACACUAAACCAGAAAUUGUUCAAGUUUUGACAGUUGACAAUCUGUCUGGUACAAGUUUGCCGCUCAUAUCUCAUUCAACGUGUCUUGAUUCUGAGGGUCAGCUGACACUUGAACAGCAAAAUUUGAAUACUGUUAAAAAGGGCAGCAUUACUUCCAAAAAGUCCCGAUGGGAUAUAGUCGGGCAAGACAACUCAGAGAGUGAUAAUUCACAGAGGACACUUUGCACAGAGAGUAAGCCUACUGUAAAAAAAGUGAUCUCUGUCAAAAAAAUUGAGUUUUCUAAAGACAAUAGCCAACAAGACUUUGACAUUAAAGAUACUAUUCAGCAAGAAGCUGAAGCACAUUCCAUACUGGUUAAGCAGACUGAGAUCUCUAAGCAGGGAGUCGGCUCAGACGGCACAUCCAUCACUGAUAAUUACAAAGACCAAAGUGAGCCUUCACAAGCGAGCACCAGCAUUGACCACUGUGACUUAAAACAGAGAGUUUCUCAAAAAGCAAACACGGAUGAGCCUCUUCACCGAAAUGAUACAUCACAGGUCGACAAAGCUGCAAAGAUGCAGCGUUGGAACGGCGAUGAUCAUGAAGACAAAUCCAAGGGCAGCUCUCACAAGAACAAAUUAAGUAAGAGAGCAUUACUUAAUCAGCACGCAUUAGGAGAACAAAGCGAGGUCAGUGACAGCGACAACUCGGAGUACGACUCCGAUUGCGGCGAGGCUAUAAAACGAUUGCACUCUGUGGUGGUGGUGCCAAAGAAUUCUUCCCUGACAAUGGAUUCACAUAACACAGGAGCUUCCCCAUGCAGUCUAAUGACUAUUUCAGAACUGCAGAAUGUGAAUAUCCAUGCAAUCCCGAAUCAAGGCACCCAACAAAGGCAGGGGAGUCCUACGGCAUUCAUGGAGACCAGUGCUCCAUGUGCUGGUUUAGACGAAUUGUCCCACAGCAGCAUGUUGUGUCAAUCCCAGAGUAAUAUGAUUGAUAGCACCAGUCACUUGGAGGGUUUAAACUCUGUCAGUGUGCAGCCAUACACUGCUGGUCUUAUUGGCGCCCAUGGCAGUGCCACAGCUCCCGCCCAUGACCUUGAUAAUUCCAGACAGUUUGAGCAAGAGCAAAAACAGCAUGAUGUAAGCAGCAGAGGUGAAAGGACGUUCUCCCAUUACCACCAUGGUGAUUUCUCCAAUGCUGACAAUGUCAAUGCCAGGAACGGAUUCAGCCUGGGUUGGGAUUUUUCGCAACCAGAGCAGCCCAGUAGUACAUACCAGCAGCCUGAUAGCAGUCAUGGGCCACCUAUACCAAACACUAAACUGACUGAAACCUCUCUCAAGGAACAGGAGCACCGGCAGAGCAAUGCCACCUGGAACCACCAAUCCCCAAACACACAGACUAGCAGACAACCCUACCUCCAUGUGCAUGAACAUUAUCAGGAUCUUGCAGGUGAGAUUCAUCCUGACUCUCUAACUAAUGACCACGACGACUACAGUGGGGAUAAGCUAUCUGAACUCAGUAAAACAGCUGUUGAAUGCAGUAGACCUCACCCUCCUGGGUCAUCAAGCUUUGUACAAGGGCAUGAAAUAAGCAGCAAUAGCAGGGGCUCUGCCUUGCCCGACCCCCCUAGAGAGGACAACUUUAGACCACACAGAGGCCGGGGCCCUCCCAAGAAAAGGCGGCCAGAGAUUGAGUCGGAUUCAGACAACGAGGCAGAAGCUGGGCCGGCAGGCAAAAGGGAGCGUCAAGGAGAUGCUGACGUCUCAAAGGAAAGUCAUGCCAAAGCUGAGGUGCAGCGUCCAAUGCUCAAUCUGCGAGACUUUCGAGACGCCAAUAGAUGGAAAGAGUAUGCCAGGUCUAAGAAGAUGCCGCCUUACUUUGACUUGAUUGAGGAAAACAUGUAUCUGACUGAGAGGAAGAAGAGCAAAUCUCAUCGAGAUAUCAAGAGAAUGCAAUGUGAAUGCCCGGUGCUGCCCAGAGAAGAGCGAUCAAGGGGAGUAUUGGCAUGCGGGGAAGACUGUUUAAACCGGCUGCUGAUGAUUGAGUGCUCCUCACGGUGCCUGAAUGGAGCCUACUGCUCUAACCGACGGUUUCAGAUGAGACAACAUGCAGACUUCGAGGUUAUCCUCACAGAAGACAAGGGAUGGGGUCUACGGGCAGCUAGAGACCUGGCUCCAAACACCUUUGUGCUGGAAUACUGCGGGGAGGUAUUGGACCACAAGGAGUUCAAAACAAGGGUGAAAGAAUAUGCUCGCAACAAGAACAUCCACUACUACUUCAUGUCUCUAAAGAAUAAUGAGAUCAUUGAUGCAACGCUGAAGGGUAACUGUUCUCGGUUUAUGAACCAUAGCUGUGAGCCCAACUGUGAGACCCAGAAGUGGACUGUCAAUGGCCAGCUUAGAGUCGGGUUCUUCACCUCCAAGGCGACCACUGCAGGAACUGAGCUAACGUUUGACUACCAGUUCCAGAGAUAUGGCAAAGAAGCACAGAAAUGCUUCUGUGGAGCACAGAGCUGCAGAGGCUUCCUGGGUGGGGAAAAUAGAGUCAGUGUUCGGGCAGCCGGAGGGAAGAUGAAGAAAGAUCGCAGUCGAAAGAAUGCUCUCACCACGGUUGAUGAGGAGCUUGAGGCAUUACUGGAGAAUGGAGAAGGCCUUUAUGAUGAGAAACAGGUGGUGGCUCUCUGCAGGCUGAUGGUCCGAGUGGAAACCAUGGAGCAACAACUCAUCUGUUUCAAGCUCAUACAAGAUACUCAGAAUCCAUCCUGCCUGAAGCAGUUCCUGGACCAUCAUGGAUUGUCUUUGCUGUGGAUCUUCAUGGUGGAGCUUUCUGAAGCGAAAGGCAACAGUGCCAAUAACAUCAAGCUGCAGUCAGAGAUUAUGAAGACCUUGGCCGUGCUGCCUAUCUCUACUAAGAACAUGUUGGAGGAGAGCAGAGUCCUUAGCUUCAUCCAGCGAUGGGCGCAGACAAAAACUCUCCCUCACCCUUCUGAGAUGGACGGCUACUCCAGCGAGAACACCUCCCGAGCUCAAACACCCCUCAACACCCCUGAUGGGUCCUCCACCAAACUGGGACCAGAAUUGGAUGUCGACACCUCAAAACCUGCCGUGUACCGCCGCCUAAAAAUCAUCAGUGAAAACAGUCUGGACAGUGCACUCUCGGACGCUAGCAAAGCAUCUGAUGGGAAGGAGGAAGAGGAGGAGGAUGAUGAUGAGGAAGAAGAUGAAUCCUCACAUUCAGGACCUACUGAUGGCAAGCAGUUGAAGGCAGAGCCGGUUUGUGAAGCUGCAGAUGCAAUUAAAGGAACGAUGGAAGAAUCGGGGAAAGAGGAGGGUCUGAUCAUGGUGGAGAAAGAGGAAGAGACCGGGAUGAGUUCAAGCAGUCAACAACAACCUACAACUGAGGAGGUAAAAGAAGAAAUUGAGCUGGAUUUGGAGAAGGAGAUUGAGAUGAAGGGAGACACAAGUGAGGGUCAUAUUGUCGAACUUGAGGGGCCAAAAGAGCCCAGUGAAGAGCAGGACAGUGGGGAGGAGCACACCAGUCAGCCAGUGACAGAAAAGGCUGAACUGGAAGAAGACCAACCCAAUGUUGAAGUUCUGGAGUCAGAGAGUCUGUCCAUCCAAACGGAUGUUGCUGAUCUACCACCUGAUCUGCCUUCAGAGCAUAUGGAGACCCAGGCAGAGUCACAAGAAGCUGAAAAACCUCCUCCAGGUAGUGAGGAGCAACCUGGUGAAUCUACCAAUGAUGCAGCCCCAAGCUCUGAGACCCCUGAGGCCAGUAUGCCCUCUGAGGUCAUUGCGACCCCCGUGGACCCAUCAGUGAUAGGAACUCCUUCUCAGGAUGAGGAGGAAGGUGUCUCAGAUGUGGAGAGUGAGAGGAGUCAGGAGCCCCAACUCAAUGCUUUGGACAUUAGUGGCAUGGCUGCCAGGCUUCUGGACAGCUGGAAGGACCUGAAGGAGGUCUACAGAAUACCAAAGAAGAGUCAGGUGGAAAAGGAAACAAAUGAUCGCAGCCGAGAUCGAGACGCAGCUUUGACGCCACGCACAACUUCUGGUAGCCGAGAACGUGAAAGGGAGCGAGAGAAGGAGAGGGAACGUGACAGAGAUCGAGAUUAUGACAGAGACAGGGAGCGAGACAGGGAUCGUGAUAGAGAUCGCGACAGGGAUCGAGACUGGGACAGGGAAAGGGACCGGGAUCGCGACCGAGACCGGGAUCGUGAUCGAGACCGCGAUCGAGCCCCUGAUAAAACUCCACAACGCAGCACAGAGAGACGGAGGAGACGCUCGGCUUCACCACCCUCAUCCUACGAGAGGAGCAGCCGACGCACUGAAGAACGGUUUGACUCAUCUAACAGCAGCAAGACACGGGGCAAGGAGCGCAACAAGCUUUCCACAGAGGAGCGCAGGAAGCUGUUCGAGCAGGAGGUUGCUCAGCGGGAAGCCCAGAAACAACAACAGCUUCAGCAGCAACAGCAGCAACAACAACAACAACAGCAACAGCAGCAGCAGCAACAGCAGCAGCAACAGCAGCAGCAGCAACAGCAACUCCAAACUAUGGCUUAUGACCCUGCUCUGGCCUAUGCCUCCAGCCCUGGCUUCAUCACUUACCCUCCUGGAUAUCCCAUCCAGACCUUUGUGGAUCCUACAAACCCCAAUGCAGGCAAAGUACUGCUUCCUACUCCUCCAGUUGAGGCCGUCAUCAACUAUGAAGAGACCCCGUCUCAGCAUCUCAUCUCAGACCUGGGGCUGACCUCCCCAUCCUCCACUUCCCAGGCCACUCCAGUCUCUAAUCUUUCUCAGCACAUCACCACCACUGACCUCGCCGCUGUCAACCCCCAACAGUAUUCCCAGCCAACUGUAGCAACUCAGGACGCAGGCGUAGCUGUCCUCUCUGUACCCGCACAGGUGACCCCUCAGGUACAGAGCCAGCAGAGCUACACCACUCUCUGGGAUCCCACAACUCAGCAGGCAGUGACGGUGCAGACACAGCCUGCACAGCAGUACGCCACGGCCCCAGCACCGCCUCAGACACAGACAGCCAUCUAUUACCAGGGUCAGCCAUGCCAAACCAUCUACAGCAUCCCCACCGCUUACCCACAAGCCAGCGCUCCCGUCAUACAGGCGUACACUGAACCCACAGCGGGCUACCUGCAUGGUCAGCCUGUGUAUCCUGGCCAUCAGCAGGGAGUGGUGGUGCAGCAGGGAGGCACAGUCACCACCAUUGUCACAUCCCAAACUGUCCAACAGGAAAUGAUUGUACCCAACAAUGUGAUCGAUCUGCCUCCCCCCUCUCCCCCCAAACCCAAAACUAUCGUCCUACCUCCUAACUGGAAAGUGGCCCGUGAUCCAGAGGGCAAGAUCUACUACUACCAUAUUGCCACAAGGCAAACACAGUGGGACCCUCCACCCUCCUGGGAUGGAUGUAGUGACAACACUAGUGUGGACCAUGAAUCUGAGAUGGACCUGGGAACACCCACCUAUGACGAGAAUCCUUCCAAGUUUUCCACAAAGACAGCUGAAGCAGAUACUUCCAGUGAGCUGGCUAAAAAGAGUAAAGAGACGUUUCGCAAAGAGAUGUCCCAGUUCAUAGUGCAAUGCCUAAAUCCUUAUCGGAAACCAGACUGCAAACUUGGCCGCAUCAUCAACACAGAAGAUUUCAAACACCUGGCUAGAAAGCUGACUCACGGAGUUAUGAAUAAGGAGUUGAAAGCUUGCAAUAAUCCCGAGGACCUCGAGUGUAACGAGAACGUGAAGCACAAGACCAAGGAGUACAUCAAGAAGUACAUGCAGCGGUUUGGCACCGUGUACAGGCCCAAGGAGGACACAGAGAUGGACUAGCCUGUACCAGCCACAGAUGUUAUACUUGUCCUGCGCCGACACAGGAGAAGCACAGAUUUGCCUUUUCCAUUCACUCCUUCAUGUAUGUACUGGCCAGCCUGAGCCUUGAAGUAGUUUCUUAUGCAUAUUUAUGACUAAGAAUUGCACUGCUGCCAGAGAAGCUCUCCAGGCCCCCGUGGAUCACGAAGGAGCCCUGUUUGGAGACUGAUGGAGACUGGAGUGUCGCUGAACGACCUGAAAACUCCAGGUGCAGUGUUCUCCAAGGAUAACACUGCGGGGUGCUACAGAGACUAAUGUUUUCACUGACUGUUUGAUUUUAAGCAUAUUUUUUUUUUUUUCAUUUGUGGUUCUUAAAUGUUCCCGAGAUGAUCACCUCAAUUCCACUUUUUAAACUCUUCUAGCCCUGAAUGAGGAUUACUCAAUGGAAUCAGCUUUGGUAUCAUAUUUAUCAUUCUUUGUUACUUUACACUGUUAAAAAUGACAGAACAGUCCAGUGCUUUUUCUCCCUCCCACUUCCUUUUUCUUGUGCACGCUUCAACCCCCUGCCACUGACUCUAUCUGGUGCUGCUUUUAACUGGGCUGUGGAGGUCCAAGCUUCCGGUCCUCAAACCCUGCCUUCUUAACCACAAGACUUUGGAGCCUCUGUUGUUUUAUGAAUGCAUGAUGUAGGUGGAGGUUUGAGUGGUAUCCUUUUGGAAAUUCCUACAUUUGUCCUGCCUCCUGCUUCAUGUAAUGUGCCCUCCCUGGGAUGAUCUUUUACUCACAACACACUUAGGGAUCAGCCAAUAACCAGCAGGUUGGCAAAGUGAUCAAUAUGUAUUUUAUGGAUUUAUGUAUUAUAACGGGUGCAGGGUUUAAAUGCCAUGUUUGGUGUGCUGUUUCCUGUCCAAUCCCAUUCCCAUCUUGUUCUGCCCGGUUUCCUCUUCUUACAGGAAUGAUGCUGAAAAUGAAGGUUGUAGCAUUGCAGUUUUAACAGUUUCUAAACAUCUCGUGUGUUCUGGUUCUUUUUUUUAUCACCGUUAGUCCUAGUUGGGCAACACUUAGGCCGGCCUUGCUCCACCAUCUCACUCAUUAAUUUCCAAGAUUUUUACAGUAGUCAAUGUACUUUCAUUAGCAUUAGGUCACCGAUUUGUUGCAGCCCAUUAAAUUGCAUUAAACAAAGUUUCAACAUGUAUAUUGCUUUAUAUGUGAAUAUAUUGAAUAAUAGUUUUUGGGUAUGUUUAAAUAAGCAGACACUUUGUAAAAGGACUAUCAUUUCAUGAUUGAAAGUGUAAAUAAUGUGUAAAAUUACAAAAGCUGUGCGAAGGAGAGUAGGGUCAGGGAGCCCACCCACCCAUCCUCAGCAGCUCAGCCCUCCUGAUGCAGAUCCUACUUCAGUCUGUCAAACGUAGGACCCCACUGACUCGCAGCCCUCUAUUUUAUUUCAGUGGUGGGGGAGAUUUUCAAGUGCUUUUUUUUUUUGUUUUUGUUAUUAUUUUUCUAUGUACAAAGUAAGUUUCACCCUACUCAACUGUAAGUAUUGUGUAAGCACAUUGUCAUACCGAGUGUACAAACAUUU